UCCUGGGCGCCUCCGGCCCGCACGCCCUGCCCGCCCGGGCGCCCCUCCGCGUGGCCGGCCGAGGGCUCUCCUCCUCCUCCUCCUCCUCGAAGGGGCCCCGACUGCUGCCCCCUCGCCCGCCCCGACAGGUGCUGCGCCCCAACAGGCCGCUGGGAGGCCGCGCCGGAGCAGCCGGGCGGCGCGACUCUUAUUUUGACACGGCGGCGGCGGCGCCUGCCCGGAGUGGCUCCUCGCCCGGGGCGCAGCCAGCACACUCGGCCCCCAAAUGAGCGGGCGGCGGCGGCGGCGGCGGCGGGCAGCGGCAGGCGGACGCGGCGGGUGCUGCUGCCCGGGGUCUCCGGCGGCUUCUGUGCGGGGCGAGGCCGUGCCGGGCGCCGCGGCGGCGACAGCGCGAAGGAGCGGCGCGAGGACCCGCCGGGAGCGCCCGACCGCCAGUUGCUGAGCGCGCGGCCCGGCAAGCGAAAGCGAAAGAGUCGCCGGGCGGACCCCGGCGGCCCUCCGCCCCCCGCGCGGCCGGCGGGAGCCACGCCACGGCCUCCCCGGAGCAGGAGGCGUUUGGCCUGACAGGAAGUGGCAGUUGCAGUGGACCCAGAGAUACGGCGCUUCCUCCAGUGUCGCUGACAGAAACUUUAGCCAGUCAAAUGCACCCUGACAGUAAACUGGCCAAUCAUGGAAAGGCAGGGCAAAGUCAGGCGGGAGCGCAGUGUCUCCGUGGAUUCGGGAGAGCGGCGGGAAGCGACUGCCACCCCACUGGACAAGGAGCUGAAAGGCGAGACAGCCCCUCGGAGCAAGAGGCGCUGCGUGCUGGAGAAGAAGCAGCCCUACAGUGGGGACGAGUGGUGCUCUGGGCCGGAGAGCGAGGAUGACGACAAGUCCCUGGGCAGCAGCCACAAUUGUCACGUAGCCGAGUCGGCCAUGAGCGCAGAUACGCAGCUGGGCCCAGGACCCAACCCUUUGCCAGCCCUGAGCGAGAGCAACACGCCUGGCGCCCCUCACAGUGCAGCCCCCAGCCUGCGGUCAGAUGCCGGAGGAAAGCAGGGCCUGCAGCUGGUCUACGUCUUCACCACACACCUGGCCAACACGGCUGCAGCGGCUGUCCUUCAGGGCCAGGCAGACUCCAUUCUUGGCUACCAUCAGCAACAUGUGCCCCGGGCAAAGUUGGACCAGCCUGCCCCUCUCCCGAAGAUGCCAGGUGCUGUUGAGCCCCUGCCGCUCCACCUGUCUCCUGCCAAUACCCCCCUGCCCCCAAGCAGCCAGGCCCAGGGACAACAGCCUGGGCCCCCCACCCUGGGGCUCGGCCAAGGACCGCUCUCUUCCAGCACUGCCCUUCCGCCAGAGGGUGCCCCGGAGGAAGCUUGCCAGGACCUGACGCCCAACUCGGUGGGAAACGGCAGCAACAGCAGCAGCUCCGUGGCCCCUGGCAGCACCCACCCCAGCACACCCACCACGCUCAGCUCCCUGCAGGCCAGCACUGCAGAGGGCUUGCUGGGGGAAGGGGCCAACACAGCCCCCUCUGCAGCAGGGACCGGGCCCCGCAACCCCCUCAACACCGAAGGCCUCUCCAAGGAGCAGCUGGAGCACCGGGAACGGUCUCUGCAGACUCUGCGGGACAUCGAGCGCCUGCUUUUGCGUGGCAGUGAGGCUGAGCCCUUCCUCAAGGGUGGGUCAGGCACCGGGGAAGGGACCGUCCUGCCCCCCCAGGCUGCAGUUCCGCAGCCUCCCCAGGCUGCCCUCCCUGGAACAGGUGUGAAGAAGUAUGAGGAGCCGCUGCAGUCCAUGAUCUCACAGACGCAGAGCCUGGGGGGCCCAGGCCUCGAGCAGGAGGGGCCGUUGCCUCCGGGGGUGGACCUGGGCCAGCCAAUGAAUGUGGUGCUGCAGCGCCUCAGCCAGGACAGCUUAACCCCCGAGCAGGUGGCCUGGCGCAAGCUGCAGGAGGAGUACUACGAGGAGAAGCGCCGCAAGGAGGAGCAAACCAGCUUGCAUGCAGGGCGGCCGCUACAGGAGGUGAUCACGCCCCUGGGCGGCGUGAUGCUUCGGGGGCCCCCGCCACCCUACCACAGCCGGCCUGGGGAGCAAUGGCUGCUGCGGGGGACACCCCUGGACGUUCAGGAGCAGCUGCGGCCCACCUUUCCUGGCCCCCGUGGCUUCCCGGGCGGCCACAUCCAGAGGGGCUUUGCCACGAUGCCAAGCCUGCCCCUGGAGUCCCUUGGCCCAGUCGGAAGCGGGUCCCGCCCCUUGCAGCCUGGCCUACCAUGGGGUGAGGAUCUGUCCCUCAGGGGUCCGGGACACUUCACACCCGGGGGCCUCUCGUACCCCCCAGGGCAGGGCGAGGCCGAGCGCUUCCUCCCGUCCCGGGCCCGCGAGGACCUGUUGCGGCACCCCCUGCUGGAGAAGCGGCCGGGCUCUCUGGGGCUGGAGAUGGAGCGCAUUUUGCCCACCCACCGGCAGGUAGAGCCUGGCAUAUUUGCCGGGGAAGGCCUGGGCCUGGAGUUUGGGGGGGGGCGGGCCCUGAUGAGCCCCCCACCCCCGCUGCAGGAGGUGGAGGCAAGUGCCCUGGCCACCCCUACCAACUUGAACAUGAACGUGAACAUGAACAUGAACCUGAGUGUGCAGAUGACGCAGCAGCAGCAGCACCAGCACAUGCUGCUGAGCCAGAAAGCCCGUGGGCCGGAGCUGAUGCCCCCUGAGGAAAUGGCCCGAGGGCGCGCCCCAACGGCACUGGGGAUGAUGGGGGGCCCGCCGAAGAUGCUGAUGGGCUCGCCCUUCCCAGGCCAGGGACCGCCCCCACCGCAGCAGCAGCAACAGCAGCAGAGCUUCUCGGCUGUGCAGGGCCCCUAUGCCCCUGUGCCACCAGAGAUGGGCGGCACAACUGAUAUGUUUGGUCCAGAGCAGGGAAGCAUUGCCAGCACCCCACGCCUCAGCCAUGUUCCCCUGCCACCCAGCACCAGCGCCUCGUCCACGAACAUGCAUGCAGCCCCCAUCCGGGGCCUGGGCCGCCGCCCCUCGGACCUAGCCCUCAACAUGGGGCAGAUGAACUCACCCAGUGUGGGCCGCCUCAAGUCUCCCACUCUCAGCCAAGCCCAUUCCCCCCUGGGCACGUCCCCUUCGGCCAGCCUCAAGUCACCGCAGACGCCUUCUGCCCUGGUCAGCCUGCCAACUGCCGCUGCCAGCAGUGCCCCUCUCAAGUCCCCCCAGGUGCUGGGUUCCGUGCUCAACGUCCGCUCUCCAACUAGUUCGCCUGGCCAUCUCAAAUCGCCUUCCAUGGCUGUUUCUUCCCCAGGAUGGGCACCCUCCCCCAAGGCCAGUCUCGCCAGCCCAGGCAAGCCAGCCCUUGGAAUGGGCAACUCCGCCCCCUUGGGCCACCUUGAGCAAGGUGCUGUGCCCUCUGGAUCUCGGAGCAGCUCCUCUGCCCCGCCUGGCAACACCUCUGGCCCCCUGAACCCCAACCUUCCUUUUCCUUCCUCUCCAGAUCCACCCCCAUCCCAGAACCCUUUGUCCCUCAUGAUGUCCCAGAUGUCCAAAUACGCCAUGCCCAGCUCCACGCCACUCUACCACAACGCCAUCAAGACCAUCGCCACCUCAGAUGACGAACUGCUCCCGGAUCGCCCCCUACUGCCGCCUGGGGCUAUGUCUGGCAUGGGCGGAAACCAGCCCAACCCAAUGCAUGUGAACGCUGUGGGGCCAGGGGCCGUGCCAAGCCCUAUGGGCCUGAACCUCCCUGGACAGCAGCUACUCUCCCAGGAAGUGGCAGCCCCCCCGAUGUCUUCGCCCAGCCCCCUGGGAACCGGCCUCCCCUUGCACAGCGGCACUCCUGUGCAAAACCCGAUGAUGCCCCCUGGCCCCCCAGACUCCCUGGGCCAGCCCUGCGGCCCUUCUGGCCAGCUGGUGUUCCCGCCACGUCUGCAGCCGCCCCCUGCCAAUGGGGGUGGCAUUCCGGUGGUCCCAGGAGGGGCGGCUGGACCUGGGUUGCAGCCGCCGCCUGCCCCACAGCAACAACACUACCCACCUGGCUUGGGAGUCGUUCCAGAGGAGCUGCCCCCCCAGCAAGCACCCCCUCAGCAGCGCCUGGCCGGGCGGCUGCCAGAGCACUUCCCACCAGGGCUGCCUGUUGUGGCCUCCGUGUUGAGCGAUCCAGAGCUGAGCGAUGUGAUCCGCCCCACCCCGACAGGUAUCCCCGAGUUCGACCUUUCCCGCAUCAUCCCUUCAGAGAAGCCCAGCAGCACGCUGCAGUACUUCCCCAAGGGGGAGGGCCAGGGGGCCAAGGCCCUCCCCCCCUCCAACCUGCACCUGGCGAACUUGCAGAACAUGAUGUCGGAACCAGGCCCGGCCCGGCCUGGCCCGCAAGUGAUACCACGCGGAAUGGCCUUGUGCCAUCCUGGACAGAUGCCCAUGCUGGGCAGGACAGGCCUGCCUCCCCAGCAGGGCCUGGUAGGUAACAGCCUGCCCCAAGGGCUGGUGCUGCCCCAGCAGAGCCUCCUGGCCCAGCAGAACUUCCUGCUCAUGCAGGCCAAACAGCGCAGCAUGUCUGUCUCUGGAGAGAUGUACGGGCAACCGGCGGGGCACCUGAUCUCCCCCCAGGGCUCGCUUAUGGGCCCCCCAUCCCAGCAGAACCUCAUGGUCUCCAUGCGUCAGCGCAGCGUCUCCCUGGAUGGCCAGAUGAGCUACGGCCCUGGAGCCAGCAACAUGGCCAACCUGCCCUUCUAAGGAAUGUCCUGGUGGGGAUACUUUGCUUCUGAAAGCCAUCGGAGGGGUGGGAGAGAUUGGGAGGUGUCCAUAGGUCUGGGGGAGCAACUGCUGGCCCAGCCUUCUCAGGGUCAGAGAAGACAAGUGGAAAAGGUGGAAGCCCUCGACCAAUUACCCUGGUGCCAAGGGCAAGCCUCCCCCCCCCCCAGCAGCUGCCUGCCUCUUCCCCCCCCCCCCGCUGCAGAGUGGAGUCCGUGCACAGGCUGCCCACAGGGCUGGACACUCCAGGCUGGUGCUGGGACAGGGCCUGAGGUGAAGUUUGCAGCCCGCUCCCCCCCCCUCAGCUCUUCUUACAGGACAUUGGCCAUGAAGAAACGCCACGGGACUGGAUUGGCCCUUUCCCCGGUGCUGUGGAUGGAUCAUGGCCAGCGCAGGAAACGAGGGGGGCUUCCACACUGCUGGGCACUGCCCCUUCAGCAGUUUUAUGUGUUCGCUUGUGGUCCCACUGGGGGCCAGUCUGGGUGAGUCCACCCUAGCCUUUCCCUUUGCUUCCGUGCCACCUCACAUUUUCUGCCCUGCCCCUUGCUGGAGAAUAGCCAUCGGACAGCUCCUUGGCCCAAUUCCACUUCCUGGGCUUGGAAUAACAUGGAAGUGGGGGGGAGGAGGAGGUUUGGGGAUCCAAGAUUGAAAUAUCUCCCAUCAAAAGGAAGGUUGUCCGCAAUGAACUAAGAGAGGCUCAAAGCAAGUGGUUGCCUCCCAGCAAUGCCAGAGACCCAGUGAGGCUCAUAGAGAGAAGGCAGUGAAGUUCAUAAGGGGGAAGGUUGAGGAGGCUAUAAAAAGUGUGCUGAGGAGUAUGGAUAACAAAAUUUGAAGCGAGGGGGGUCUCUUGGGGCAUUUAUCUUAGUGAAGGCCUGGCCAAGAGUCUUUCCACAACAGUAACCACCCCACCCCGCUGCAGAAGGUGCUUCCAGCGAUCCACUGUCAUGCUCAUCUCCCCACCCCACCCUGCCUCCCCAGCUCUGCCUUGUGCUGUGAAUGUGGUCCUGUCUUGUGUCUCCCGCCUCCCUUCCUGCUUCUCUCUCCAGCUUGAGUCGCCUCUGCUGAGGCCCCCCCCCCACUUCCUCUGCCAUCUGCUGAGGCCAAGGGAGGAGUGCGUCAGGGUGACCCAGAACCCCUGCGGCUGACCGGAGGGGGGGGCACUGGAUGCUCCAUGCCAUCCCGUCAGCCAUGCAUUUUGUACCAGUCUAUAAAUAAAUAUAUAUAAAUAAAUAUAAAUAUAAAUAUAUAAAUACAAUAUGUGAAGACAUCUUACUGGUUUUUAUUUUGAAAUGAUUUCUAGGCUUGUUUUGGGGUAUCUGUGCUGUGUAUUGACCUGUUUUAUAGGUGCCUUUUUAUUAAAAAAAAAUCAAAACUU